ACCUGCCCCCACCCUCCCUCCCCCAACUCCUCCAUGAAUGCACGCAUUUCAUCAUCGCCCCAACCACAACGCAGCAGCAGCGGCCUCGGCGACGCGGCGCGCAUUUAUAGCACGCAAUUCCUCGUUGCCUCCGCCGCCGCCGCCUGCCUGCCUCUCCUGGAUCUCCAUAUCUCCUUCGCGGCGCGGCAUUCCGUCGAAAACGCCUCCGGGCGGACUCACGUGCUGAAGGUUGGAGGGGGCAAUAAUGGUGGAAUCUGACCAGAUAAACGGGAGGAUGUCCUCGGUCGACGAGUUCUGUAAAGCGCUCGGGGGCGACUCGCCGAUACACAGCGUGCUGGUUGCCAACAAUGGGAUGGCUGCGGUCAAGUUCAUGCGCAGCAUCCGCACCUGGGCCUUGGAGACCUUUGGGAACGAGAAGGCCAUUCUCUUGGUGGCUAUGGCAACUCCAGAGGACCUCAGGAUUAAUGCGGAGCACAUAAGAAUCGCCGACCAGUUCUUAGAAGUUCCUGGUGGGACGAAUAACAACAACUAUGCAAAUGUACAGCUCAUAGUGGAGAUAGCAGAGAGAACUCGGGUUUCUGCAGUUUGGCCUGGCUGGGGUCAUGCUUCUGAGAACCCAGAACUUCCAGACGCGCUCAUGGAAAAGGGAAUCAUUUUUCUUGGGCCACCAUCAGCCGCGAUGGGGGCACUAGGCGAUAAGAUUGGUUCUUCUCUUAUUGCACAAGCAGCAGGAGUUCCAACUCUUCCAUGGAGCGGGUCACAUGUGAAAGUUCCGCAAGAAACCUGCCACUCAAUACCUGAGGAGAUCUAUAAGAACGCUUGUGUUUCAACUACAGACGAAGCAGUCGCUAGUUGUCAGGUGGUGGGGUAUCCUGCAAUGAUCAAGGCAUCAUGGGGUGGGGGUGGUAAAGGAAUAAGGAAGGUACACAAUGAUGAUGAGGUCAGAGCAUUGUUUAAGCAAGUGCAAGGAGAGGUCCCCGGAUCGCCUAUAUUUAUUAUGAAGGUGGCAUCUCAGAGCCGACAUCUAGAGGUUCAGUUGCUCUGUGACAAGCAUGGCAACGUGGCAGCACUGCACAGUCGAGACUGUAGUGUUCAAAGAAGGCACCAAAAGAUCAUUGAGGAGGGACCAAUUACAGUUGCUCCUCCAGAAACAAUUAAAGAGCUUGAGCAGGCGGCAAGGCGACUAGCUAAAUGUGUGCAAUAUCAGGGUGCUGCUACAGUGGAAUAUCUGUACAGCAUGGAAACAGGCGAAUACUAUUUCCUGGAGCUUAAUCCAAGGUUGCAGGUAGAACACCCUGUGACCGAAUGGAUUGCUGAAAUUAACUUACCUGCAUCUCAAGUUGUAGUAGGAAUGGGCAUACCACUCUACAAUAUUCCAGAGAUCAGACGCUUUUAUGGAAUAGAACAUGGAGGUGGCUAUCACGCUUGGAAGGAAAUAUCAGCUGUAGCAACUAAAUUUGAUUUGGACAAAGCACAGUCUGUAAAGCCAAAGGGUCAUUGUGUAGCAGUUAGAGUUACUAGCGAGGAUCCAGAUGAUGGGUUUAAGCCUACCAGUGGAAGAGUGGAAGAGCUGAACUUUAAAAGCAAACCCAAUGUUUGGGCCUACUUCUCCGUUAAGUCCGGAGGUGCAAUUCAUGAGUUCUCUGAUUCCCAGUUUGGUCAUGUUUUUGCUUUUGGGGAAUCUAGGUCAUUGGCAAUAGCCAAUAUGGUACUUGGGUUAAAAGAGAUCCAAAUUCGUGGAGAGAUACGCACUAAUGUUGACUACACUGUGGAUCUCUUGAAUGCUGCAGAGUACCGAGAAAAUAAGAUUCACACUGGUUGGCUAGACAGCAGAAUAGCUAUGCGUGUUAGAGCAGAGAGGCCCCCAUGGUACCUUUCAGUUGUUGGUGGAGCUCUAUAUGAAGCAUCAAGCAGGAGCUCGAGCGUUGUAACCGAUUAUGUUGGUUAUCUCAGUAAAGGUCAAAUACCACCAAAGCACAUCUCUCUUGUCAAUUUGACUGUGACACUGAAUAUAGAUGGGAGCAAAUAUACGAUUGAGACAGUAAGAGGUGGACCCCGUAGCUACAAAUUAAGAAUUAAUGAAUCAGAGGUUGAAGCAGAGAUACAUUCGCUGCGAGAUGGCGGACUCUUAAUGCAGUUGGAUGGAAACAGUCAUGUAAUUUACGCCGAGACAGAAGCUGCUGGCACGCGCCUUCUAAUCAAUGGGAGAACAUGCUUAUUACAGAAAGAGCAUGAUCCUUCCAGGUUGUUGGCUGAUACACCGUGCAAACUUCUUCGGUUUUUGGUCGCGGAUGGUUCUCAUGUGGUUGCUGAUACGCCAUAUGCUGAGGUGGAGGUUAUGAAAAUGUGCAUGCCACUGUUACUACCGGCCUCUGGUGUCAUUCACUUUGUCAUGCCUGAGGGUCAGGCCAUGCAGGCAAGUGAUCUGAUAGCAAGGUUGGAUCUUGAUGACCCAUCUUCUGUGAGAAGAGCUGAACCAUUUCAUGGCACCUUUCCAAAACUUGGACCUCCUACUGCUAUUUCUGGCAAAGUUCACCAAAAGUUUGCUGCAAGUGUGAAUUCUGCCCACAUGAUCCUUGCAGGAUAUGAACAUAACAUCAAUCAUGUUGUACAAGAUUUGCUAAACUGCCUAGACAGCCCUGAGCUCCCUUUCCUACAGUGGCAAGAACUCAUGUCCGUUUUGGCAACCCGACUCCCGAAAGAUCUUAGGAAUGAGUUGGAUGCUAAGUACAAGGAGUAUGAGUUGAAUGCUGACUUCCGGAAGAGCAAGGAUUUCCCUGCCAAGUUGCUAAGGGGAGUCAUUGAGGCUAAUCUUGCAUACUGUUCCGAGAAGGAUAGGGUUACUAGUGAGAGGCUUGUAGAGCCACUUAUGAGCCUGGUCAAGUCAUAUGAGGGUGGAAGAGAAAGCCAUGCUCGUGCGGUUGUCAAGUCUCUGUUUGAGGAGUAUUUAUCUGUUGAAGAACUCUUCAGCGAUGACAUUCAGUCUGAUGUGAUAGAACGUCUACGACUUCAACAUGCAAAAGACCUUGAGAAGGUCGUAUAUAUUGUGUUCUCCCACCAGGGCGUGAAAAGUAAAAAUAAAUUAAUACUUCGGCUUAUGGAAGCAUUGGUCUAUCCAAAUCCAUCUGCGUACAGGGACCAGUUGAUUCGCUUUUCUGCCCUUAACCAUACAGCAUACUCUGGGCUGGCGCUUAAAGCAAGCCAACUUCUUGAGCACACUAAAUUGAGUGAACUCCGCACAAGCAUAGCAAGAAGCCUUUCAGAGCUGGAGAUGUUUACUGAGGAAGGAGAGCGGAUUUCAACACCUAGGAGGAAGAUGGCUAUCAAUGAAAGGAUGGAAGAUUUAGUAUGUGCCCCGGUUGCAGUUGAAGACGCCCUUGUGGCUUUGUUUGAUCACAGUGAUCCUACUCUUCAGCGGAGAGUUGUUGAGACAUACAUACGCAGAUUGUAUCAGCAUUAUCUUGUAAGGGGCAGUGUCCGGAUGCAAUGGCACAGGUCUGGUCUAAUUGCUUUAUGGGAAUUCUCUGAGGAACAUAUUGAACAAAGAAAUGGGCAAUCUGCGUCACUUCUAAAGCCACAAGUAGAGGAUCCAAUUGGCAGGCGAUGGGGUGUAAUGGUUGUAAUCAAGUCUCUUCAGCUUCUGUCAACUGCAAUUGAAGCUGCAUUAAAGGAGACUUCACAUUACGGAGCAGGUGUUGGAGGUGUCUCAAAUGGUAAUCCUAUAAAUUCUAACAGUAGCAAUAUGCUGCAUAUUGCUUUGGUUGGUAUCAACAAUCAGAUGAGCACUCUUCAAGACAGUGGUGAUGAGGAUCAAGCGCAAGAAAGGAUCAACAAACUCUCCAAGAUUUUGAAGGAUAACACUAUAACAUCACAUCUCAAUGGUGCUGGUGUUAGGGUUGUCAGCUGCAUUAUCCAAAGAGAUGAAGGGCGUUCACCAAUGCGCCACUCCUUCAAAUGGUCAUCUGACAAGUUAUAUUAUGAGGAGGACCCGAUGCUCCGCCAUGUGGAACCUCCUUUGUCCACCUUCCUUGAAUUGGACAAAGUGAAUUUAGAAGGUUACAAUGACGCGAAAUACACCCCAUCACGUGAUCGCCAGUGGCACAUGUACACACUAGUAAAGAACAAGAAAGAUCCGAGAUCAAAUGACCAAAGGAUGUUUCUUCGUACCAUAGUCAGACAGCCAAGUGUGACCAAUGGGUUUUUGUUUGGAAGUAUUGAUAAUGAAGUUCAAGCCUCAUCAUCAUUCACAUCUAACAGCAUACUCAGAUCAUUGAUGGCAGCGCUAGAAGAAAUAGAGUUGCGCGCUCACAGUGAGACUGGGAUGUCAGGCCACUCCCACAUGUAUCUGUGCAUAAUGAGAGAACAGCGGUUGUUUGAUCUAAUUCCAUCUUCAAGGAUGACGAAUGAAGUUGGUCAAGAUGAGAAGACAGCAUGCACAUUAUUGAAGCAUAUGGUUAUGAAUAUAUAUGAGCAUGUUGGUGUCAGGAUGCAUCGCCUUUCUGUGUGCCAGUGGGAAGUGAAGCUAUGGUUGGAUUGUGAUGGGCAGGCUAAUGGUGCUUGGAGAGUUGUUGUUACCAGUGUAACUGGGCAUACCUGCACUGUUGAUAUUUACCGAGAAGUGGAGGACCCCAAUACACAUCAGCUUUUCUACCGCUCUGCCACACCCACAGCUGGUCCUUUGCAUGGCAUUGCAUUGCAUGAGCCAUACAAACCUUUGGAUGCUAUUGACCUGAAACGUGCCGCUGCUAGGAAAAAUGAAACCACAUACUGCUAUGAUUUCCCAUUGGCAUUUGAAACAGCAUUGAAGAAGUCAUGGGAAUCUGGUAUUUCACAUGUUGCAGAAUCUAACGAGCAUAACCAGCGGUAUGCUGAAGUGACAGAGCUUAUAUUUGCUGAUUCAACUGGAUCAUGGGGUACUCCUUUGGUUCCAGUUGAGCGUCCUCCAGGUAGCAACAAUUUUGGUGUUGUUGCUUGGAACAUGAAGCUCUCCACACCAGAAUUUCCAGGCGGCCGGGAGAUUAUAGUUGUUGCAAAUGAUGUGACAUUUAAAGCUGGGUCUUUUGGUCCUAGAGAAGAUGCAUUCUUUGAUGCUGUCACCAAUCUUGCUUGUGAGAGGAAAAUUCCUCUAAUUUACUUGUCAGCAACUGCUGGUGCUAGGCUCGGUGUAGCAGAGGAAAUAAAGGCGUGCUUCCAUGUUGGAUGGUCUGAUGACCAGAGCCCUGAACGUGGUUUUCACUACAUUUACCUCACUGAACAAGAUUAUUCACGUCUAAGCUCUUCAGUUAUAGCCCAUGAGCUAAAAGUACCGGAAAGCGGAGAAACCAGAUGGGUUGUUGAUACCAUUGUUGGGAAAGAGGACGGACUUGGUUGUGAGAAUCUACAUGGAAGUGGUGCCAUUGCCAGUGCCUACUCUAAGGCAUACAGAGAGACCUUUACUCUGACAUUUGUGACUGGGCGAGCUAUUGGAAUUGGGGCUUAUCUUGCUCGGUUAGGAAUGCGGUGUAUACAACGUCUUGAUCAACCAAUUAUUUUGACUGGGUAUUCUGCACUGAACAAGCUCCUGGGGCGCGAGGUGUAUAGCUCUCAGAUGCAACUGGGUGGCCCCAAAAUCAUGGCUACAAAUGGAGUUGUCCAUCUCACUGUGUCAGAUGAUCUUGAAGGUGUUUCUGCUAUCUUGAAAUGGCUCAGCUAUGUUCCUCCCUAUGUUGGCGGUCCUCUUCCUAUUGUGAAAUCUCUUGAUCCACCAGAGAGAGCUGUAACAUAUUUCCCAGAGAAUUCAUGUGAUGCCCGUGCCGCCAUCUGUGGCAUCCAGGACACUCAAGGAGGCAAGUGGUUGGAUGGUAUGUUUGACAGAGAAAGCUUUGUGGAAACAUUAGAAGGAUGGGCCAAAACUGUUAUUACUGGAAGGGCAAAGCUAGGUGGGAUUCCAGUUGGUAUCAUAGCUGUGGAAACCGAGACAGUGAUGCAAGUAAUCCCUGCUGACCCUGGUCAGCUUGAUUCUGCCGAGCGUGUAGUCCCUCAAGCUGGACAGGUGUGGUUCCCAGAUUCGGCCGCAAAAACGGCCCAGGCACUGCUGGAUUUCAACCGUGAAGAGCUCCCAUUGUUCAUACUUGCUAACUGGAGAGGCUUUUCUGGUGGGCAAAGGGAUCUGUUUGAAGGAAUCCUUCAGGCUGGCUCUAUGAUUGUUGAGAAUCUGAGGACGUAUAAGCAGCCUGCUUUUGUGUACAUACCAAAGGCUGGAGAGCUGCGUGGAGGUGCAUGGGUUGUGGUGGACAGCAAGAUCAAUCCUGAGCACAUUGAGAUGUAUGCCGAGAGGACUGCGAGAGGGAAUGUCCUUGAGGCACCAGGACUCAUUGAGAUCAAGUUCAAGCCAAAUGAACUGGAAGAGAGUAUGCUAAGGCUUGACCCUGAGUUGAUCAGCCUCAAUGCCAAACUCCUCAAAGAAACUAGUGCUAGCCCUAGUCCUUGGGAAACGGCGGCGGCGGCGGAGACCAUCAGGAGGAGCAUGGCUGCUCGGAGGAAGCAGCUGAUGCCCAUAUAUACUCAGGUUGCCACCCGGUUUGCUGAGUUGCACGACACCUCUGCGAGAAUGGCUGCCAAAGGCGUGAUCAGUAAGGUGGUGGACUGGGAGGAGUCCCGAGCCUUCUUCUACAGGAGACUGCAAAGGAGGCUUGCCGAGGACUCGCUCGCCAAACAAGUCAGAGAAGCCGCCGGCGAGCAGCAGAUGCCCACUCACAGAUCGGCCUUGGAAUGCAUCAAGAAAUGGUACCUGGCCUCUCAAGGAGGAGACGGCGAGAAGUGGGGAGACGAUGAAGCCUUCUUCGCCUGGAAAGAUGAUCCUGACAAGUAUGGCAAGUAUCUUGAGGAGCUGAAAGCCGAGAGAGCGUCUACACUGCUGUCGCAUCUCGCUGAAACCUCUGAUGCCAAGGCCUUGCCCAACGGUCUAUCGCUCCUCCUCAGCAAAAUGGAUCCUGCAAAGAGGGAGCAGGUUAUGGAUGGCCUCAGGCAGCUUCUUGGUUGAUGACUGGCCCACCCUUUGAUAACGGGAGCAUCCAUUCAGCCAGCAUAAACCGGCCUUGCUUGUUGCCACCAAGCAAGUCCUGUCUAUGGUGGACUGGGUACCAACGGAAGCGCAGACGACGACAAGCAAAUUUUACUUGCGUGGCGAGCUACAGGAGGGGGAGGUUUUUCAACUGAAACACAUUGUUUGCACAUAGGUAGGAGGCAUCUCAUCUCAGGACAAUUUGUAUGUUUAUUGUUAUUACAGAUAGGUACACACAAAGCAUAUGUAUGCUGGAUAGAUAUUCGGUGUGAGUUGUUGCAAUGCAAGAUUCAUCAUCUUAAUUUACGAGAUACGUGUGAUGGUCGAUGUGAUAGUCCUAGUUUCCUCGGUGGCGAGGAACGCUGAGUUUCCUUUUGCUGCAGUUAUGUGAUGUAUACCCUGAGAACUUUGGGGGUGAUAUGAUGGAUGUUUAUCAGUUUCAUGAUAAAUGAAAUUGGUAUGGAUUGUUUCUUCUUCA